ACUGAAGGAAAAUCAGAAAUCAGUGAAGAUGAUUUAGACGAAAUGGAGUACUUGAAAGCAGUGUUCAAGGAGACUUUACGACUUCAUACUUCAAUCUCAUUAUUUCGUUCGUCGAGAAUCAACUAAACACGUUUGGAUAAUGGGGUAUGAUAUACCAGCAGGUGCAGCAGUAAUGGUAAAUGCUUGGGCAAUUGCACGAGAUCCAUUGCUUGGAAUCAGCCUGCAGAAUUUCAGCCAGAGAGGUUUUAACUCUGAGUUAAUUCCAUUUGGUGCUGGACGCAGGGGUUGCCCUGGUACUACCUUUGUUGUGGCUGUCAACAAGCUUGCAUUGGCAAAACUGUUCAGCUGCAGGAUAUCUCUGAGUUGGAUGUAGAAUUUGCAUCAAUUUGGGAACAUCAGAGAGGAGGAUGCUUUCUGUAUCUAACAGUUGAAAAUUUGUAA